AUGCUCCAAAAUACUCGUGGGCGGACUGUCUUUGCCUUCCAGCCCAAGCGGCUUCCGAAGGAUGUGGACAGGCUGACCUUCUUCAAGGGCUCCAUCGUCCGGAAGAAGUCGCUAGGUCCCACUGGCGCCGAGGAGGGUGACGCACAAAAGGGGGACAGCGAGAGAUUCGAACCACCACCUCGAUCUGCAGAGGCAGCAUUGUCGCGCUCGGCAUCUGUCAACGACCUGAGGUUUCGGGUGCAGCGGCAGCGGUCUUCGGAGCCUGCAUCAGAGAGAAGCGAAUCUUCGAGACUGCAAUGCGCACCCUCCAGACCUCUUUCGGCCCGUUUGGCGGAGGCCCAGGCUCCACCUCCGCUUCCUGCAUUUCCCGGCAGCUGGAAGUCCGAGGACUCGGCUGUACACGCCAGAAAGGUCCCAGCAGCCAGCGGUGCAAAGCCGCCUGAUUCCGCCAAAGAAGGUGCAUCAGCGGAAGAGUCAGGAAGUCCUGCGGGGAAGAGUUCGAUGACUCGAUCUCCUUCGAUGCCUUUACCCAAGAGGCCAACUGUUCCCUGCGAGAAGCGGAGGCCCAGGCCUCGAACCGCAGGCGGAGAGGAGGCAGCUGUCGCUGAAUCCGACGGGUCGCCAACAUCAUCGCAGAUAACCUCCAGUCCGAAGCCUUCGGAGGCUCCGAGCCCGGGCCUCGACCCGGCGACGACUGCGACCGGGUACAGAUCGAUCGCAUCAUCGCGGUCAACUCCGCAGUUGGUGUCGAACUCGCGGCCGCCGCCGCCCUUGCCGCCGCCUAUUCCGCAGCUCCGCCUUCGGUCUGAAGGUCAGCCGCAUGCAACUCUCCUUGCGGCAGCUUCUGCACAGGCAACGCUUCUCAGCCCGAUGACGAGCGCUCGACGGCCUUCGCAGAGUGGAUGA